CAACAGUAUUGAGUAUGAAUAAGAUUUCAUACUUUUGGAUUUUUCAAAUAUCUUAUCACCAUAUUCAAAGUUCCAGGGGCUGGUAAAUUCAUCAGAAGAAGUAAAUCGACUACACGUGCAGUGUUAAAUCUAUGUUAAGGGAAUGAAAGAAUCACUUGAAUUAAUAUUGAAUCAAUUGGCUUUCUUUUAUUUCAGUUGAUUCAGUAGUAAUAGAUGAAAUAGAUCAUGGUUCGAUCUUGAACAGGAGUUAUAUUAAGACCUCUUUAAGGUAAUCACUGGUAUCAAAGUAUUUUAAAAGUGUUCUUGAAAUGCCGUAGCACCGUAAUACCAACGUGCUUUUUUGCAUGUGAAGACAAAAUUAUUUCCAACUCUGUGGUUGUAGUUUAAAAGAAUACAUUCAUGUAAUCAAGAUAUUUUAGUGAUUCAUCAAGACUGCUACUGAAAUAAAACUGUUAGAUGGGAAGGCUAAGCCAAAAAUGUCUCUACAAUGUUCUGGCUUUGUUUUUAUUUUAAUAUGUUAUUUCCUAUCGCACUGUUGGCCAGAUAGAUGAACAAAUUAUCUAAAAUGCAUACAUUUGAAAACCAUUUCGUGCCAAAUUUAUUGUUUUCAAUUUUAUCUACGGUAAUGUAACUGAAAGUCAAAUAUAUAAACCCGUACUUUGUAAUCGGUAAGCGAUGUCGUGAAAGCAAAAUAUGAGCAAUUUAGAAGUACUGUCAUAUACUGCUGAUUAAUUUAUCUGUCUAACUUGUGUUAUCCUCUUUCAAAUCACGCGAUGACUGAACGAAGUUCUUUAUGUAAAUAUCACAAUUUCAUUAUCAACAGUGCUGGGUAAUACAUGAAAAUGGAAUCUUAUUGGAUGUUCAUUUUAUCUGUCCUAUUGUGAUAAAUUUAUUUCAAUUUUUUCACAAAUAAAUGUAUUUAGUCUCUUUUUAUAACUUCUCAAUUGUACUUUCAAAAUUAUAAAAGUGAAGAAAGCAUUUAUUUGAUGUCCAACUUAUUAUUAAGUUGGAUGUGAGAAAAAUAAUACCAGCUAAUCAACCUAUUGAGGCGCAUUUAGGUAUGUAUCAGAAAAUGGUUUUUUAAAACAUAUUCCGUUUUCUUUAGUAUCAAUAGCGUUAACUUUCGUAAUCUAACGUUUGAAUUUGUUUAGAGCAAAAAUAUAUCUGAUAAUUGUCUGUUAUAGUGUGAUAAAGCUAAUAACGUUCUUUUAAAAUACACGCUGAUUAUAAUGAGUGUUUUACGAUUGACGUUGUUGGUAUUAUGAUAGUUUCACAUAUUAUUAUUAUUGUUCUGGUGUUUCUUGUAAUUUAUUAGGUUCAGUUGUUGCCAGUUCCACAUAGUGACCAAAAGGAAUAGGUGACUCUAACUAGUUUUAACAUUGUAAUUGUUAAAACUGUAGUCGAUUCCCUUAGAUAUAUGGGGUUGUGUCUUAAUCGGUCUGUGUAGAAAUUGUAUAAUAGCGACUGUUUUGCGUUUUGCUGUUUGUUUUUAUUUCAACAUUGACAAAUUGUUGAAUAUGUGUGAUACCUUGCAUAUUCUUAUAGCGUCUUUGGGAAGGGAUUUCGGCUUUCGCUACUUCAGUUGUUUCUAGCUCAUUGGGUCCGAAUCCACCAAAUUCGCGAUAUAAUCAUCUUGAUUCUCAACAUCAAGUUUCACAGACAACUUUAUCAGAUUCAUUCCCACAACAUGGAUCUAAUCCAAUUACUUCAGAGGUGAAUAACUCAUAUAUAUCACCCGGUUACGUAACAAUACUUGAUUUGCAUACAUUGAAUUGUGAACAUGAGACUUUGAGAAAACUUGAAAAUGGUACAUCAUCAGUUCGUUUGUGUUCUGCUGUUUCAAAUCCCUCUGACUCAUCAAAUCAAUAUAAUCGUACUAAUCAAAGAGCUCAGUCAUCCUCUCCAAAUAAUCAGCAGACAAGUAUUAAAAUGUCAGGAGUGAAAUACUUGAAUGUUCAUGAAUUUGGUGGGUCGGGAGCUAUUGUCGCUCAUUUCAUGGCUCAUCGUUGGGCUGGUGUUGCGUUCUUAAAGUUUGAUCCAUCUGGAAGUCUCUUGUUCACCGCGUGUAAGCGGGGUCACUCAUUCAAUUUAUUUCGUAUUGCUAAUCAUCCGUUUGACCAGCGUCAAACUUCUGUACAUCACUUAUACAUUUUGGAACGUGGUAAUUUACCAUGUGAGAUUGUGGAUGCUACUUUCUCUCAUGAUUCUCGGUGGGUAGCUGUUAGCAGCAAUCAUGGAACUACACAUGUUUUCCCUGUUACUGCUUAUGGAGGUCCGAUCACUGUUCGUACGCAUACUCGACCUCACGUUGUGAAUCGUACUUCAAGAUAUCAUCGAUCAUCCGGUUUAGAAGAGUAUCAUCUAACCAGACCACAACCUGAGAGAGGUGCAACUGAGUCAACUGGUCUUAGCAGUAAUUCGUCUAGCAACUCUAUCAAUAUCCCGUGCCAAAUUCCCCAGUCUAGUUCUAUGAAGCAUCUUUAUACCAUCCGUAGUCAGUCGUCUGGUUUCGCAUCUGGUGUGUCUAGAGCGACGUCGAAUUUUUGUCAAACUGCACCGAUUGCAGGUUUUGCACCUCAGUGCCCUCAUCUAGGAUUUACAGCUUUCAUGACUCCGCUCAAAGAAAACCCUGACUGUUGUAUUAAUGAAAGGAGUUCAAAUUCCUCGUCGAUUCCUGCUGGUGACUCAGCAUUGUCUGAUGCAUCACUAUUUUUCACACAUUCAAAUCCAUUUUCAGAAUCAUCCAGUGGUCAUUUUCAUGUUUUUGAACAACCUACUAUGUUUCUAAAUAGUGAAGGAUUAUGUGCUUGUCCACCGAACGCGUUGUAUAACACUACUAAUUCUCGGUUGCCUCCCUAUCCAGAACCUUGUCGAGUUAAAGCUGAAGCAAGAUUGAAACCAUCUAGUGGUAAUAGUGUAACGUCUAUUGCUCGAGGCGCCGCCAGUAGUGCUUUUGAAGCUGUAACACCUAUGAAGAAUAUAAAUGCAGUAAUAGUUAAUCGUCAUUUAUCAUCUGUUAAAUCAUGUUAUUCUGAUCCUAAUCAUGUUCACUGCCCUGAAGUGUGCACAUAUACACAAUUGCCUGUUAGUACAGCAUCUCGCCCUUCUCUUCAUUCACGCAAGCAUAAUCGGCGUCACAAAAGUGGGCAAUCACUUCAAAAUUUGAAUCAAGAUAUAUCUAGUCCAACAAGUAGUGUUAGAGCUGCACGUUUUGGACCUCCUGUAUGUUUCCUUCCUAAUCAACUUCGUCUAAAUAAUGUUUCUUCAGACUAUCGUAGUGACCCGUAUGUCGGAAAAUCUCGUGCUGUGGAUGCAUUAUUUAUUUUGACAGCCGAUCUUCGCUUAAUAGAAUACGAUUUAUGUGUUAGUGCAGAUGAUACAGCUACAGUCGGUGGGAAAUUAUAUCAGGAUGGUUCAAUUCGUCUAGAUUGUGUACCUGUCGGUGAAUGGAACUUACAUACAGAUGCUGUGUACCUGCCUCCAUUUCCUAAGCAGCAUCCGCUUAUUUUAGCCUCUUCUACACUUCAAGCAAGAUGUAAAACGAAUAGGCUUAAAUCGGACCACGCUUCUAAUUUAAAGAUGGAUGGUCGAAGUGAAAUUUCAUUAGAAUCUGACAACAAUCGGUCGUCCACAUCUACAAAUUACGAAAAAAUCAUAUCAACGUUAAAAUCUAGUUUACCUUCAUCUAAUAGCAGUCAAAUGAAAUCUGGAUUGUUAGAAGUAAAAACAAGCAUCGAAGAUAUUAAUAAUAAUGAUGAUAAUAAGCGAAAGAAUAAUAAUGAUGAAGAUGAUAAUGCUGUCACUCCUGCUGGAUGGACUGCUGAAGAUGUUGCUUCUUACUGGUAUAGUCAAGUUGAAAUAACUACACAUUUAGGACCUUUACGUCGUGUUUGGAUGGGUCCACAGUUCACUUUUCAUACUUAUUCAAAACAACGCGAUUGGGGUGGUUGUGAUUUACGGUUUUCAUCAUUCAAUAGUUGUGGUUCUUCAAAUAAUAAUAAUAUAUCUAGUACCACACAAAUUGGCUCUACUGCAGGAAACCUAACAACAGCAUUACAUCCUACUCUUUUAGAAGCAUUCACAUUAAAUGCACCAUUUGUAUUGCCGCCUUUAAUAGAUAUGACUAGUGAGUUAUUAAUUAAAGAUCGAUAUCCUGCCACAUUCAUACCAUCAUCACAUGGUUCCAAUAGUAGUUUAAAUAUGAUUCCAUAUCAAGGUUCUUCAACCUCUUCUACUUCCUCUGUUCAUGCUUUUAUUCAUCCACAUCCUCAACAUCAUCCAAAUAUCGCUUUGACUGCAAUUAAUCGUAAUGCCACUUCAUCCAAAACAAUUAUGUUACCAAGACUACCAUCAGGUUUAUUAUUGGAUUCACAUGCUAGUUUCAAUAGUGCACAGUUAAGAUGGCGUAAUUCGUCAGGUGAACCAACCCGUCCACUUAGUAUUGCUGGUGGUAUUGGACCAAGCGGUGAGACGAUUGUAAUUGAAGGUGGGAGUUAUCAAGACUCAAGUUUGGGUAGUUCUUUAUCUAGUUUAGUUGGUCGCGGUACGGAUGAUUUGGCUCAGUCGAUUGCUGAAGCUAUACAAGAUGAGGAAACUAACUGGAAUGCAGAUAAAAGCUCUACCAACUUACCACAAUUGUCAACUGUUAACAGUAAUCGUGGUGUAUGGCAGUUCAGUGUUAAAUCUACUACCAUCUCACCGGGUUCAACUAAUAUUAGUGGAGGUAGCGGUCCCGGAUUAUUUCGACUGUAUGGUACUGGUAAUAUUCCAGUUCACUCUGUAUUAACAGAAGCUGAUUUCCCCAGUCAAGAUACCUCACCAUCAUCAGAUCUGGAUAACUUUUCAUCAAAACAUGAAUUGUUAGACAAUUCACCAAUUAAAAUGAACAAAGAUUCUAAAAAAAAUAAGACGAAGAAUAACACAAACAAUAUUUAUCAAAAUGAAAAUUUAUCAUCAAACGUUAAUCUAUUAACAAAUAAAAGCGUUAAACGGAAACAUGGUAAAAAAAGGUCAAAAAUGAAACGUCAUUCUGCUGUCAUUAGUGAUGAGUUCACCGCUCCAACUUCAGCAAUAACAAAUCUUUAUCCAUCGGGUUAUGAAAGUUUAAGCGAUUCACCAAUAAUUCAAAAUUUGUAUUAUAAUUCUUCAGAUUUAUCAACAUUUUCAUUACCAGGUGAUUUACAAGUCAAUACAACAUAUGACAGUGAUAAUAUGAUGAUGAUGGCUAGUAGUCUAUCCAAUCUUCGUUGUAAUCAAAAUUCAUUGAUCGACAAUGAGAAGAAUACUAAGUUAAGUAUGGAAACAUUUCAAAUUGAAGAGAAUUCACAAAAUAAAUUGGAGUAUCCUAACGAAAUAAAAAAUUUCAAUGCUGUUAGUGAUGAUGAAAAUAAUAAAAGUUGCUAGACAAAAAACUGGACACACUGAUGAAAGCAAUAGAUAGAAUUAUCAACCAAACUAUUUAUUGUGUACAAAACAUCUCCUUACGCAAUAUUUAAUUCGUAAUAAUUAUUAUUCAUGAAGUUCUCUAUCAAUGAAUCUUAUGAUGGAAUAACUGGAUAAUAUAACACCCAUCUGCAUAGGGUAGAUGAUUUUUGUUCUAAAAUAAAAUCCUACCCUCUCCUAUUGAAUCAUUAUGAAUCAUAACAACUACACGUCCGACUAAUAUUUCAUUUAUUCAAAUCUAUGUUUAUGUACCCAGGUGCUAUUUUUCUACUAUUUAGAUAUCAUGCCUCUUUUUCAAAUUUAGGAUUUCAUUUUUAUCCGCUUCCUCCAGUUUACAUUCAUUCUACAAUAAAACAUUUCGAAAUAAAAAAGAGAUAAACAAAUUUCUGUUCAUUUUAAAGUCAUUUUUUUGUUCAGUGGUUCCUUUUUUUAUUGUUUCGCUCCUAUUAACCAACCUAUUAACAUAAUAUAUAGGCAAAAUACUUCUUGAUUAUGACUAACUCUACCGCUGUUUGUUUGUUUCUUCGAAUUACUUUUUUUCCACCAUAUUAACAAAACAACACACUCACCAUACUGAUAAUCUUUAUUUUGUUUUGCUAACUUUUGUUUGCCAUUUUUCUGUCAUUUGUGUGCGCAUGUCGGUAUUAUUCUUCAUCGUUUUUUGUCUCAGGUUACGAUUAAAAUGUGUAACCUGAUAUUCCCUCUUUCUCUUCGUAUGCACACAAAUAUACUUAUCUAUGAAAUACGUAAUAGACAAAAUACAUUCGAAAGUGUAAUUAAUAUUUCUUAAACGUUUUUCCCCACUCUUUUAUUUCUUUUGUGCGCCAGAAUAUCUGUUUUACUACAUUUUGAGGUUUCUUUUAAAGUAUAAAAAGAGAUUGAUAAUAAUACCAUUGUCAUUCUAGCAAAUAUAUAAGAGACAUACAAUAACAAGUCUCAUUUUUAGUUAAGU